AGGCAGGGCUCUCCCGCCCCGGCACCGCCAGACGUGCCGGGAGUCACAGGGUGGAACACGUAGCGCCCGCCACCCACUCGCUCCCAUUUAACCCAGCCGGCCGCCUCCCAGCGACGCCUCAGCUCGCGCCCUGCCCCGGUGUGCUGCGCGGAGAUGAGCAGCGCGGCCUGAGCGGUCCGCAGCCGGUCCCGACGCCAGCGGCUUUCGCAGGGUCCCCACCACCCGCGGGGUUCUCCCCAGGAGCCGGCCGCUGGCUGAUUUCGCUGCUUUCGGCGAGAAUUAAGUUUCAGCAGAGCCCCCCCGCCCCAGUCCACCCCCCCUUUGCACAAAGCCUCCCGAGCUGCAAUGGAAAUGAUCCCCAGCGCCCAGCCCCCUCCUGCCUGCCUGGGCAAGCUGCCUGCGCUGGAGAGCACCGAGAUGCCCGGGCUGGCCUUUUCUCACAUGUAUCAAGUGUACAAGCCCAGGAGAGGGUUAAAAAGAAGUGAAGACAAUAAGGAGACCUAUAAAUUGCCCCACAGACUGAUAGAGAAGAAGAGACGUGAUAGGAUUAAUGAGUGCAUUGCCCAACUGAAAGAUCUCUUACCAGAACAUCUCAAACUUACAACUUUAGGUCACUUGGAGAAGGCUGUAGUUCUUGAACUUACCUUGAAGCAUGUGAAAGCACUAACUAAUCUCAUUGAGCAGCAGCAACAGAAAAUAAUUGCUUUACAGAAUGGUUUACAAGCUGGUGACUUGUCAUCAAGAAACCUUGAUACCAGCCAGGAAAUGUUUCGAUCUGGUUUCCAGAUGUGUGCCAAGGAAGUGCUGCAAUACCUGGGAAAGCAUGAAAACACCAGGGAUCUGAAAUCUUCCCAGCUGGUCAGUCAUCUGCACCGAAUGGCCUCUGAGGUCCUCCAGGGCGGAGCCAGCCGAAAAUGUGGAGAUGCGCCCCCGAAAACAGUGGACUUGAAGGAGAAGUCUGGCUCUUUGCCCAAAACUGCUGAGGGUUACGGCAAGAACUGUGUUCCUGUUAUACAGAGGACUUUUGCACAUUCCAGUGGAGAGCAGAGCGGGAGCGACACAGACACAGACAGUGGGUAUGGAGGAGAGCUGGAGAAAAGUGACUCAAACGCCGAUCAACAGUAUUUUCAAAAGGAUACGGGACUCAACUAUGCCAUGCAAGAGAGAAUAAGCUCUAUUAAGCAAGAGACUGAGGACCCACCAGCCAAAAGGACCAGGAUGGAAACUUCAGAAGACGAAGGCCAUUUUAGCAGUGAUCUGAUUGGCUCUUCAAGUAGUUUUUUGGGCCCUCACCCACCUCCUUUGUGCCUGCCUUUUUAUUUGAUCCCACCAUCCGCAACUGCCUAUCUGCCUAUGCUGGAGAAGUGUUGGUACCCGGCUUCCAUGCCCGUCUUGUACCCAAGUCUCCCAGCCUCUACUGCAGCACUUUCAGGGUUAAUGAGCCCAGAUAAAAUCUCUCCAUCUCUCCUGAUGCCUCAGAGACUUCCUUCUCCACUACCAGUCCAUUCCCCUAUCGACUCCUCAGCUCUGCUUCAAGCUUUGAAGCAGAUUCCUCCUUUGAACCUGGAAACCAAAGACUAAGCACAGUGUGACCAUUUUCUUUUUCUUUUCUUUUUUUUACGUUUGAGACUCUUUCAGUUUCAUAUACCGGCUGGACUGAGGUGUGGGGAUAAGGUUCACUGAGACUAGGAAGCGAAAUCCACUUUUCUCUUACUUGUCAGAUAGCGUGGGAAAGGAUGAAGGAAGCACCCAGGUUAGCCAUUCGGGGGAGUUUUAAAAGGAAAAAAAAAACCAAAACGUUUUCUUUGUGCUUUACCCUUUACCCUCCCCAUCUACAGAGCAACAGCUGACUUAGUCAGUGAGGAUUAUAUUUCAAAGCUGUGAAAAAUAUUCCAUUAGGCAGAUCUAGGUUUUAGGGUCUGUGAAUAUAAAAAUAUGGUACUUCUUAUGAGGGCUUUUCAAAGCAAAGACCCACGGCCAAAUUUGUUGCCCCACCCAUUUGCCAGCAUUUGAAAUGAUACACACAUGCACCGCAGUUGAAGCAUUGGUGUUAGUCCCACUAAAAAGAUUCAGAGUAGCAAUCACUGGUUGGUGAUGCACAGUCAGUGGUUCAGGGAGAUUGAAGACAAGUUUCUCUCCACACCUCUGCUGAACGUUUAAAAAACAAAAUGAAUAAAAUGUAGAUGCUGCUUAGAAGCUUUACAUGGUGUACUUCUAAUUAAUAAAUUAACAUGCAUCCCUUUCUGUAACGCAAGCUGCUAGUUGGGGCAGGGGAAGAGGAAAAUAUCCCCAUGGAUCCCUUUGCUUGUUGCACCUAACUGUAGACCACUCUUUUACUGCUACUGUACAGGUGUCUCUGGGUCUAGUAUAUCUGAAAGCAAAAUGGUUAAAAAGCCACAUCAGUGGGGGAAUAGCCAGCAGCUGACUGUUUCACUCCUGGGCCAAAUCCAGAGCUCUUGUAACAGGGUGAGAUUCAAUUGGAGUCAACAGAGUUACACCCACUGAAUUGGCCCCCUUGAGUGCCUUUGAGAAUUGAAAACUGUUUUGUUUUGUUUUUCAAAGGAACCUAAUCCCAGUGGGAUUUGGGUGCCCAAAUCUCUUAGGAUCCUCUGAAACCCUGGUCCAAAUUGCUAUUUUAAAUAGAGUUAGAAUUUGUGAAAAUUUCCCUGUUAACAAAUCUUAGAACUAUUCAGGCCUGUGCAGUUGCUUCAGUGAUGAACACUGUGUCCAGUUAGGCUUUAAAAGAAACUAACUGCAAUAAGCAGUGUGGUUUUUUUUCUGUAUUAAUUUUGAGAAAUUGUUUCCAGAGUAAAUGUCAUAUAGAUUCUCAUUUCAUUCUACCAUUGCACCAGUUGUUAAGAUGCACUGUGCUUGAUUGCAGAUUGUUCUCAUGUUUAUUUUAUUGUUGUGUUGUUUUUUUUUUUGGUAUACAGUUGUUGCCUUUAUUUGUAAAAUCUUGUUAUAAAUAUAUCUGUAUAUAUAAAAUAUAUAUAUUAUAUAAAUAUAUUAAAGAGUUUCAGAGGUCUAUUAUUUGUAUAACUACUUGAGCAUAAAGAAGUGAGAAAUAUGAAUGUAUUCCUGAUUUGGGGUUUUUGUUUUUUGAAGAGGUUUUGUUUUGUUCUCUAGGGAGGGAUACAGUGUUUAUAUUUUGGAGCCUUCUCAAAGGUGGGGUAUUGUAAAUAUUUUUAUCUUGAAUAAAUGUUAAGUAGUUGUUUUUAAAAUACUGAAUAAAAUUAUUUUCCUGUGGAA